AAAUGUACUGACGUUAGCACGCAGGAUAAACUUGUGCUGGAGAAGGAUAAAGAGCUCGAGUGAUGGAAGAGGAGACGGGCCGGUAGAAGCGGCUCUAAAGAGCAGCAGUCAUGGGGGAUGAGGUGCUGUCGGAGGACGAUUUCUUGUUGUGGUCUGAAAAGGAUUUUCACGAUGCUGCAAAAAGAAAUGACACAUGGAAAAUGCAAGAACUCAUCAAGAAGGGUGUGGACGUCAAUGCCAAAAACAAAGUAGGUCGAAAAGCACUGCACUGGGCAGCAGGAGCUGGGAAUGAACAGGCUUUGCGUCUCCUACUGGAGCAUGAUAUGGACAUUAAUGAGACUGACAGUUUUGGGAUGAACGCUCUGCUUCUGGCAUCCUGGUUUGGUCACCUAAACAUCCUACAGAUCCUGGUGUCUUGUGGAGCCAAGCUCAACUCUGAAAACAAAGAUGGUCUGAAUAUGCUGCACUGUGCUGCUCAGCGAGGACACAUCAGAGUAUUGGAGUUCUUCUUGGAGCACCUAGAAGGCAUCAGUCUAGAUGGAGUUGAAAAGUCAGGGAAGACAGCACUACACCUAGCUGCUGAACAUGGACAGCUUGAAGUAGUUGAAUUUCUGAUUGGAAUGGGUUACAUGCCUGGUUUGAAGGACAAGGAAGAAAACACGCCUAUGCACCUAGCAGCAAGCAAAGGGCACGCAGAGAUCCUACAGAAGAUCCUAGAGACUGGUGUCAGUGUGGAUAAAAGGAAUAUAGAUGAUCUCACACCAUUGCACAUGGCAGCUGACGGCGGUCACUAUGAAUGUGUUAGACUUCUGCUGGAUUCUGGCUGUAAUGUCAAUGCACAAACUAAUAGAAAAAUGAAUGCUCUCCAUUAUGUGGCACAGCAUGGUCAUGACAGAGAGGCCAGCUUGCUGCUGAAGGCAGGAAUCAAUGUAGAUGCUAUAAACAAUCAACACUGCACACCACUCCACCUGGCUGUAUUCAACAAUCACACAAAAGUUGUACGAUUGCUUAUUGAUGCUGGCAGCAACCUGAAUGCCACUGACAUUAGGCAGCAGACCGCACUACACAUUGCCUCAGAACAUGGCUGGCAUGACCUGGCUGAGAUGAUGCUGAUUUCUAGAGUUACUCUCAGUUUAACUGAUAAGCAGGGAAAAACAUGUCUGGAAGUGGCAGCAAGAGGAAACCAUGUGGUCCUGGUAGACAUGAUAAUUAAAGCUGACCGUUUUUAUAAAUGGGAGAAGGAUCACGGGGGAUGUGAGCAGGUAAGAAGACCUCUGAGCUUCAAACAGGACCAUCAGCCAGAGACACAGCACUUCCGUUCUGUCUUAUGGACCCUCGCCACAAAGCAUCUGUGUUAUGGGGAGUGGAAGAUUCUCGCUCAGCACUGGGACUUUAGUGAAGCACAUAUACAAGCUAUAGAACAACAGUGGACAGGUAAGAAAAGCUUCAAAGAUCACGGUCACCGGAUGCUGUUAAUCUGGCUUCAUGGAGUGCUCGUAGCUGGAGAAAACCCUACCAAAGGCCUCUAUGAGGGGUUGAUGGAAAUCUCCCGGACAGAUUUGGCAGAGUUCAUCCGACAGAAGGCAAACUCACAGACCAGCUCUCCUAAAAUGUGCUGCGUAAUGUGACGGCAACAAGUUUAUGCUUAUCAUUGAGCUAUUGUGUUAGCUUUGUUAAAACUUUCUUUAUUUAAAGAAAUAAAAAUAUUAUUUUUUAUAAAUAAAAUUACAUGAUUUGAAUUGUGAGUCACAUAAUGGUUUACAUUUUUUUUAAUGAAAGAUAGGUCUGUAGCAGCCAGGGGAAAGUUGCUCUCUAUUUAUUUCUUUUUUUUUUCCAUUUGUCGUUUUUUUGCCAUGCAAUUUUGUCAGGUUUUCUCUACUGCAGCACUUUACAAAAUGAACUGUGUUUACCUAGAAGGGCUAUAACAACAGCCUUGCACUGCUGCAGAUUUCCAUGUGCUGCAUCCCAUGCCAGUUAUCCACACACAAAGAAAGGACAAGACAAGCUGCCCCUAACCUACCCAAAAUGCCCCACACCUGCUGCUUAGGUGUGGGGCAUUUUGCUUCCCCCAAAGGUACUUGAGGUUCCUGAGAUUCCCUAAAGCGCAGAUCGUACCUCCCAACAUGGGCCAACUCGCCCCACAUGAUAGUGCAUCCGAGGAGGCGUGGACCCCCCUGCGCAUGGAGAGACCAAACCAUGAAACUGGCGACUCCAGGCACUGGUGCUCCAUAACCCUGCAGACCCCCUGCAGGCCCCCUGCAGCCCAGCCACCUGGCCCAGGGCCAGCACCCUCCACUGUAAGCAUCCCAGACCCCAAACCCCAAGACCCUCACACCAACAACCAGGGAAAACAUACAGACACCACAAAAUUGCAGCUACAGCUCUCCUGCUCUAACCUCCUAGGACCUGGUGUCCACAUAUGUGGACAUCACAUUUUGGGUUAUUUAGACCAAAAUACUCAAUUUUGCUCUACAAGGACCUGAUAUCCACUUACGAGGACAUUAUACUGUUACUGUUCUAUUAAAAUUUUAAACGAAUAUCCUCAUGUGGAUCUUACUUUUCUUAAAAACAAAAAUAAGGUAAAAAAUUUUUUUUUAAAAAUCUGGUAAUUCUUUGUUUUUACAUUCAUCGGGCCCCAAUAUGCCCAAAUAUCAAAGAGAAAUUAAAAAUGCAUGCCAUGGAAGAGUUCGGGUCUUAAGAGGUUAAGACACUAGAUGCCCAUAGCCCUCGGGUCCACCCCUAGCCACCUGCUAGAACAUUAAGUAAUGGAAUUGAUCAGUGAGGACCACAGAGAAUAUAAUAUGCCUAAUUAGUUUUUAGAGGAGGCAGGCAUUCUGUCCAGAAUAGUGUGGUCUAGAAGUAAAUUUCUAUAUUGGUUAACACAAUUUACAUUUUUAAUUUACAUUUUUGCCCCUCAGCUGUAAAAGGCUGAUGGGGUAUUGUUGUUACCUGGCCGGUAGGGUGGUUGAGUGAUGUGAAUUAAAUAACGAGAGAAUGAAGCGACAUACAUUACCCAUCAAAAGUUUGGACACACCUUCUCAUUUAAUGCUUUUUCUUUAUUUUCAUGACUAUUUACAUUGUAGAUUCUCACUGAAGGCAUCAGAACUAUGAAUUAACAUGUAACCCACUUUUAAAUAUAACUAAUAAAAUGCACUAAAUCCUCAAAAAUGUGAAAAGAGUUGUUAGUUUUAACAGUUAUACUUAGUUUAUGGUGAAUAAACCAUAUAUGCAGCAGUUAAAAGGUCAACUAUUCUGAAGGACGCAUGCAUCACUCUUAGCCAAUGAGCAGCUACAAAACAGCGCAUUGUCCCACCAUCUCCAUCUGAGAGAGCGCAUGCCUUCCUCUUUUCUUGCGGCUGCAAUGAGCUCCGAGCCCGCUAGCAGGAAAAAAAGGGGACGGAGAUUCACAGACAAAGGUACAAAAACUAAUACAGAAGAGUUAGCACUUGCUGCUGAUGCUAAAAAGGAUUUUAUGCAUGUAUACUGCUAAAAAACUGCAUCAAGUUCAAAGCUAUUAACUAGUUGUAGUUCUCUGCAUUUUUUUUGUAGAAAGUCAGGGCUGAGGCGGCGCGAUUUAAAAAAAUGAUUUUACCUGUUCAUGGUUUAUUUGCACUUUUUAUGAUUUCACUGAGUAAAAUCUUUCUAAUAUUUACUCAAGAAAUUGUUUACAGUGUUUUG